CUUUCUCCGACUUUCUAGGACGUGUUCUAUGCCACUUCUUUUUCUGUCUCAUUUUGUCCACCAAACCUUUAACGUUGUGCGUGAAUACACAAAGGAGGAAGAUGCCCUUCCAUCACGUGCGUGCAGGUCUCCUGUAUCCAGACAACUUCUUGAGCAGCUCACUGGCAGAAGGUUCUGAAGCCUUCCAGCUCACCAGCAUCUCCACAGAGGAGCUUGGAGAAAUCCGCGAGGCGUUCCGUGUUUUGGACCGUGACGGGAAUGGCUUCAUCUCCAAGCAGGAGCUGGGAAUGGCCAUGCGCUCGCUGGGUUACAUGCCCAGUGAGGUGGAGCUGGCCAUCAUCAUGCAGAGGCUGGACAUGGACGGGGACGGCCAGGUGGACUUUGAGGAGUUCAUGACGAUACUGGGGCCCAAGCUGCUGUCGUCUGACAACAGAGAAGGUUUCCUUGGCAACACCAUCGACAACAUCUUCUGGCAGUUUGACAUGCAGCAGCUGUCAUUGGACGAGCUGAAGCAGGUGCUCUUCCACGCCUUCCGAGACCACCUGACGAUGAAGGACAUCGAGAACAUCAUCAUCACCGAGGAGGAGAGCCUCAACGAGACCUCAGGGAACUGUCCCGAGUACGAGGGAGUGCAUCCCAAGAAGAAGAAUCGUCAGACGUGCGUCAGGAAAAGUCUCAUCUGCGCCUUCGCCAUGGCGUUCAUCAUCAGCGUCAUGCUGAUUGCAGCCAAUCAGAUGCUGCGCAACGGCAUGGAGUAAACUUGUGGGCACUGAGACACGUGGACCUCACUGAUGGACCAUGAUGGACCAAGAUGGACCACGAUGGAGACUGUUGAACCACCUUAGACUGUAAUAGACCAUGACGGACCGUGAUGGACCUUGAUGGACCUUAAUGGACUGUAAUGGAUCAUGAUGGUCCAUGAUGGACCUUGAUGGACUUUCAUAGACAGUGAUGGACCAUGAUAGACCAAUGUGGACCUUGUUGGAUCGUGAUUGACCACGAUGGACGUUGAUGGACCUUGAUGGACCUUGAUGAACCCUGAGAGACCGUGAUGACCAUGAUAAUCCAUGAAGGACUAUGAUGCACCAUGAUGCACAAUGAUCAAUUAUGGUGGACCUUGAUAAACCAUGAUGGACCAUGAAGGACUAUGAUGCACCAUGACGGAUCAUGAAAGACCAUGAAGGACCUUGAUCAACCUUGAUGGAUAAUGAAGGACCAUGGAAGGCUGUGAAGGUUUAUAAAGGACCAUUAUGCACUAUGCUAGAUUAUGAAGGACCAUGAUGGACCAUGAAGGACCAUUAUGGACCAUGAUGUACCAUGAUGGACCAUAAGGGACCAUGAUGGACCUUGAUGAAUGCUGAGGGACCUUGAUGGAUCAUGAUAAACCAUGAUGGACCAUGAAGGUGCGGCACCAUGAUGGAUCAUGAAGGACCAUGAUGGACCGUGAUGGACCAUAAGGGACCAUGAUGGACCUUGAUGAAUGCUGUGGGACCGUGAUGGACCUUGAUGGACCAUCAUAAACUAUGAUGGACCAUGAAGAACCAGGAUGCUCCAAGAUGGAGCAUGAUGGACCGUGAUGGACCAUAAGGGACCAUGAUGGACCUUGAUGAAUCCUGUGGGACCGUGAUGGACCUUGAUGGACCAUCAUAAACCAUGAUGGACCAUGAAGAACCAUGAUGCUCCAAGAUGGAGCAUGAUGGACUGUGAUGGGUAAUGAAGGACCAUGAGAGGCCGUGAAGGUUUAUAAAGGACCAUGAUGGACCCUAGUAGACCAUGAUGGACCUCAAUAGACCAUGAUGGACCCUAGUAGACCAUGAUGGACCUCAAUAGACCAUGAUGGACCCUAAUAGACCAUGAUGGACCUCAAUAGACCAUGAUGGACCCUAGUAGACCAUGAUGGACCUCAAUAGACCAUGAUGGACCCUAAUAGACCAUGAUGGACCUCAAUAGACCAUGAUGGACCCUAGUAGACCAUGAUGGACCUCAAUAGACCAUGAUGGACCCUAGUAGACCAUGAUGGACCUCAAUAGACCAUGAUGGACCCUAAUAGACCAUGAUGGACCCUAGUAGACCACGAUGGAUCCAAGCACGUCUGUGAACAACUUUUGUGCUGCUAUGAAGUUCAGUUUGAGGAGCAGAAGAAGAGAUGUUUUUUUGAAGAUGUCACAUUUCAACUAACUGGACCCUCUGAGAACUUUCUAAACUAAAAUACUUGGAGUUUUAUUUUGCUGACGACCCUUUAAAUUAUUUUUCUAUUUAUUGACAACACUGAUCAGGUGCUUGGAGCCAUUCCUCAUCUUCUUGUCUGUGAACACUCAUGACGGAUCCUCACUCCUCCUACCAGGAGCACCACACCUCCUGCGGUGUGGGGGGAGAAGGAGGACAUGGAGCAGGGGAAGGAGAGGAAGAAGGAAGAAAAGAAGGAAAAGAAGGUGGAGGAAGAGAAGAAGGAGAAGAAGAUGGAGUAAAAGAAGAAAAAGGAAGAGGAGAAUAAGAAGAACGAGAAGAUGGAGAAGGAGAAGAAGGGAAAGGAGAGGAGAGGAAGAAGGAAGGAAGAAAAGGAGAAGAUGGAGUAAAAGAAGGAAAAGGAAGAGGAGAAGAAAUAGAAGAACGAGAGGAAAGAGGAAAAGAAGAUGGAGAAGGAGAAGAAGGUGAAGGAGGAGAAGAUGGAGAAGGAGAAGAAGAUGGAGUAAAAGAAGGAAAAGAACAAGAAGGAGGAGGAAAAGAAGAAGGAGAAGAUGGAGUAAAAGAAGGAAAAGGAAGAGAAGAAGAAGAAGGAGGAGGAGGCGGAAAAGAAGGAGAAAGAGGAGAUAAAGGAAAAGAAGAUGGAGUAAAAGAAGGAAGAAGAAGAUGGAGUAAAAGAAGGAAAAGGAAGAGGUGAAGAAAAGAUGAACGAGAGGAAAGAGGAAAAGAAUAUGGAGAAUGAGAAUAAGGUGAAGGAGGAGGAGAAGAUGGAUAAGGAGAAGAAGAUGGUGUAAAGGAAGGAAAAUAAAGAGGAGAAUAAGGAAAAGAACAAUAAGAAGAUGGAGUAAAAGAAGGAAAAGGAAGAGGAGAAGAAGAAGGAGGAGGAGGAGAAAAGGAAGGAGAAGGAGGAGAUAAAGGAAAAGAAGAUGGAAUAAAAGAAGGAAGAAGAAGAUGGGGUAAAAGAAGGAAAAGGAAGAGGGGAAGAAGAAGAAGGAGGAGGAGGAGAAAAGGAAGGAGAAGGAGGAGAUAAAGGAAAAGAAUAUGGAGUAAAAGAAGGAAGAAGAAGAUGGAGUAAAAGAAGGAAAAGAAAGAGGAGAAGAAAAAGAAGAACGAGAGGAAGGAGGAAAAUAAGAUGGAGAAAGAGAAUAAGGUGAAGGAGAAGAAGAUGGAGUAAAAGAAGGAAAAUAAAGAGGAGAAGAAGGAAAAGAACAAGAAGGAGAAGAAGAUGGAGUAAAAGAAGAAAAGGGAAGAGGAGAAGGAGGAGGAGGAGAAAAGGAGAAUGAGGAGAUAAAGGAAAAGAACAUGGAGUAAAAGAAGGAAUAAGAAGAUGGAGUAAAAGAAGGAAAAGGAAGAGGAGAAGAAAAAGAACAACGAGAGGAAGGAGGAAAAUGAGAUGGAGAAGGAGAAGAAGAUGGAGUAAAGGAAGGAAAAGAAAAAGGAGAAGAAGGAAAAGAACAAGAAGGAGGAAAAGAAGAAGUAGAAGAAGAUGGAGUAAAAGAAGGAAAAAGAAGAGGAGAAGAAGAAGAAGGAGGAGGAGAUAAAGGAAAAGAAGAUGGAGUAAAAGAAGGAAGAAGAAGAUGGAGUAAAAGAAGGAAGAGGAGAAGAAAAAGAAGAUGAAGAAUGAGGAGGAGAAGAUGAAGAAAGGAGAAGAAGGAGGAGAAGGAGAAGGUCAAGAAGAAAAGGGUUGAGGAGGAAAAGAAAAAAAUGGAGUAGAAGAAGAAGAAUGAGGAGGAGGAGAAGAAUAUGCAGUAGGAGGGAAAAAAGGAGAAGGACAAGAAGAAAGGGGAGGAGGAAAAGAAGAAGAAUAUGCAGUAUAGAAGAAGAAAAAGGAGAGCAAGGAGGGAGAAGAAGAUGGAGUAGAAGACAGAGGAGACGAAGAUGGAGAACAAGGAGAAGGAGAAGAAGACAAAGGACAAGAAGAAAGGGGAGGAGGAGAAAAAGUAAAAUGAGAAGAAGAUGGAGUAUAGAAGAAGAAAAAGGACAGGAAGGAGGAGGAGAAGAUGGAUUAGAAGAAGGAGGUGACUGAGGAGAAGAAGAUGGAGUAAAAAGAAGGAGAAGAAGAUGGAGAACAAGAAGAAGGACGAGAAGGAUAAGAAGACGAAGGACAAGAAGAAAGGUGAGGAGGAGAAGAAAAUGGAGUAUAGAAGAAGAAAAGGGAGAAGGAGAUGACUGAGGAGAAGAAGAUGGAUUAGAAAGAAGAAGGAAAAUAAAAUGCAGUAUAGAAGAAGAAAAAGGAGGAGAAGAAGGAGGUGAUUGAGGAGAAGAAGAUGGAUUAGAAAGAAGAAGGAAAAUAAAAUGGAGUACAGAAGAAGAAGGAGGUGACUGAGGAGAAGAAGAUGGAGGAGAAGGAGGAGGAGAAAGAGUGUGUGACAGUAAAAGGAGGACAAAGGCGCUGUUGCAUGCUGGGAAAACCUCUGAUUGUCAUUCCAGCAGCGUGCUGUAUGUAGGUCACUAACACUACUGUACUGUAAAUAUGAUAUUUACACACCUAUCUAUGACGUCAUCCAAUGUAGCCACACUGAAUGUAUGAAUGCGGCCAGGCGUCAAGUAGACACUUCCCCGGGAGGAGGCUGCCCCCUUAUGGCCUACAGGAGAACUGCAGAAGAAAAAGGAAGCAAAAUCAUAAUUUUUGUGAAACCUCCAAAGUGGAACACAACUUCUGAGUUCUGGAAAUAAUGUAAAUAUGAAUAAAACACACAUGCACCCACAUUUUAAAUGUCAUUCAAGUGUAAAAAGAAGGUAACCCGACAGAGAGGAGACAGGGGAGUGAUACUGCCCCCUGGUGGUGUUUUGUUUACCAAAAAAAUGAUGUCUGACUUUCAAAGCAAGUUUUUAACAAUUUGCAGUUCAACCAAAACGUUAAAAAAAAUCAGUAAGUUACAAAAUAUUUAAUAUUUUAAUAUUAUUACACUUACUAGGGUUAUCAUCACAUUUUAUAUUGUUGUUACCCUUCUGAGGGGAAUUUAAAAAAACACAUCCUCAGACAUGAAUACAUUCUGUUUGACUUUUGAAUUUUUUUGUUCUGCCUGGAAUAUUUUGGUUGUACUCCCAAAUUGUUUUACUACAACAGUAAAUUCAAAUAUUUCAGAUUCUAUGGUUAUCGUCACAUUCCAUAUCAUUGCUGCUCCCUGAGGACGGAUCCAACAAAACCGAAAUCAGACAUAAAGAAGUCUUGUUUGGCUUUUGAAGUUGUUUUUUUUCCUCCUUUGAACUCCCAAUGUUUUCCAAGAACGGUAAAUUAAGACGUUUCAGAUUCUAUGGUUAUCAUCACAUCUUAUAUUUGGUAUCGUUGUUACCCUUCUGGAGGGGGGGGGGGAUCUCUAAAACCAAAUCGGACAUAAUGGAGUUUUGUUUGACUUUUGAAGUGAAUGAAAGAAGUUUAUUUCGGUGAUAUAAUCAACCAUUUUUGUGUGAUCAGUUUAUUUACAGUACAGAUUAUACAUAUUUAACAAUCAUUCACAUUUACACAGAAAAAGAAAAGAAAAAGAAUAACCGAAAAAGCUUAUAUGUGCCUAUCCUAGACUUUCACUCAAAAUGUGAUUACCUGGAACUUCAACGUUAAAAAAAAAAAUCAAUGGGAUGAAAGUAAUUGUUACUAUAUUUUAUAAUUUUCAGUUAUUUCACCUUUUCAAGGCUUUCUGAAACCUUAAGAAAGAACUACACGUCUUCAACUCAUCACUGAGCUUGUUCCACCAUUUAACUCCUAAAAUUGAAAUACAUUUGUAUUUUUAUAUUCCGUCUUACUUUACCUAGUUCAAAAAUCAAUAUCCCCCGUAAAUUAUAGUUUUCUCCUCUCAAAUUAAAUAACCUAAGAAUACAAUUUGCAAGACUGUUGUUCUUCACUCGAAACAUCAUUUCCAUUGCUUUUAAAAACACAAUAUUUGAACAUUUUAACACAUUAGAACUUACAAAUAAUGGAUUGGUAUGUUCAUAGUAGCACGCUUUGUGUACUAUUCUAUUUACCCUUUUUUGAAGUUUAAUUAUUGGGUCUAUGUUUGUUUUAUAAACAUUUCCCCAAACUUCAACACAAUAUGUUAAAUAUGGAAAAAUAAAAGAAUAAUGCAGACAUUUCUUAUUCAGCAUGUGUCUUACUUUAUAAACAAUAGCAAUGGAUUUGGAUAUUUGUCCCUUUAUAUAUUCAAGUUUCAAGUUUAUUCACAAUACCAUACAACAAUUGCAAUAGUAGUGAAUAUCAUUUAAAGAUAUUGGUAAGUGAAAGGGUCCCCCAAAUAAGCUAAAAGAAGCUUUUGACAGGGGGUCCAGAAGACAGUUUAUAUAUGGAAUGAUGAAAAAAUGGUAGCAAGCACUACAACAACAAAAAAAAACAAC